AUGCAUCCCUUCCAAGGUUCUGUCGGCUUUGCAAGCCUUUUCCUUUGCUUGCGUGCCUCGGAAUGCCCAGUCGGGCAGCUCUGUGAGCGUUCCGAAGAUGUUGGACAGGAUGGACCAUCUUUGCUGCAGCAAGAUGGCCGGCGCGGUCGUGCCGAGGAGUUCGUGGCCCUUCCGUUGGCCAACCCUUGCGUCCUGCAUGGUACGGACAUCGAGUGUCCAUAUCGCUUCAAGGACCAGCCACUCCGGUGGGUGAAGUUGACCUAUCCGAAAAGGCCAUUCACCUCCAUCGAUGAAGUCUCCUGGGAAGAAGCCGAGGGGUCGCCUGCUCUGGGCAAGUUGAACACGAUGAAAUUGGGGGUCCAUAACUUUGCCUUGGCUGCCAAGCUUCAUCCGAGCUUCCGAAGGGAGGGGAAAAUCUACGGCUUGGUCACCACAUACAAGGCUGGCCACCCGAAGCAUCUGACUGGAGGUUGCUGUGCCGACUACCUGCGAGUAUGGCAUUCGAGCUAUGGUGAUGCCAAGUACGAGGACAUCAAUAUCCUGGCUGCAGCUGAAAGGGCCCUCAGCAAGAAGCCACUGGUCUUUGUGGCGCCCACGCACACCUUCUUCCUAGAAGAGUUUGACGGAGUCCUACAUGCAAUCAUCUGUGUUCAAUACAAGGAGAAGCAGACUGACAACAACUUCGGAGGCGUAUUUCUGGAUGCAUUCAUUGUCCUUAAUCUGGAGGAUGGUAGGACUUUAAAGAAGACGGCCGACGGAGAAGAUUACUUUUCCAUUUACGAUAGUCUGGGGACUUUUUCAAGCGAGAGCAGCGAGACGAUCUACAAAAUUCCAUUCAAGAACGUGAGCAACAAAACACGUAACCCAGAUAAUCCAGCCUUCACCCAGCAAUGGCACCUCAACGGUGUCACCCGGUUCAUCGCCGGAGACACCGCGGUCCUGGCCUUCACCACGUACUUCCUGAAUGCCGCAGUCCUGCUGAAGGACCCAUUCACCCACAAGAGCGCAGAUGGGGGCGGCUAUGGCGAGUCUUCGCGGACGGUGCCUGGCGAAGCGGCUCCGAUGACGCCCCCGCACAAGUUCGGCAUGGCUGCAGAUGUGCCGGGUUGGGACGGCGUCCACAACGUCUACCCCUACCAGAAGGACCAUUUAACACUUGUUCGGUCUAGUAUACGAAACUGCAGUGCACCGUAG